AUGAUACACAAAAGAACAAGUGGUGGAGGAACUCACAGUGGUGGCGAUAACGAAAUGUUUCUGAAACGUGCGUUAGAAAAAAUUUUAAGUGAAAAGGAUAUAAAACGUGCACAACAUGCACAAUUAAAAAAGGCAUGCGAAACGGCACUGUCUGAAGUUACAAAGGAAAUUCAAAAUAACCGUGUUAGUGAAUCUUCUGUUUUACCAUCUACAGCAGCUCAACGGUCAAUAGUUAAUGCUGAAAAAUAUUUUUUACCGUUUGAACUGGCAUGUGCGUCACAUCAUCCACGGAUGGUAGAAACAUCACUCGAUUGCCUUCAGAAACUUCUUCUACAUGGUCAUCUAAUGGGAAGUAUUCCAGAUCCAAUGGAUGUAUCAAAAUUGCUUAUUGACCGUAUUGUAUCAACAAUAUGUUUAUGUUUUCGUGGCGUGCAGACUGAAGAGCAAGUCGAAUUGCAGAUUAUUAAAGCAUUAUUAACAAUUAUGACAUCUCAAACAAUUGAAAUUCAUCAGAAAAGCGUUUUACAAAUAAUAAAAACAUGUUUUAAUAUCUAUUUGACGAGUAGAAGUAAAAUAAAUGAAGCAACAGCACAAGGAAGUUUAUCUCAAAUGUUAAAUGGAAUAUUUUCAAAAAUGGAGCAAAAAAUGUCUUUGUUAAAUGAAAAAAGACGACAGCUUGAUAAUCGAUCAACAACUCAGCAACAACGGCAACGCCAGCAACCACAGGAUGAUAAUACAAAUAUAUCUGAGUUAUCAUCGUCUUCAACAAUGAAAGCAAAUGAGGAAGAAGCGAUCUCUGAAUCGAAUGUGAUCGAAGAUGACUUAGUUGUUAAAGAAAUUCUUGACGAACUGGUAGAAAAAAUAUGUUACGAUGAAGCUACGCAACAACAAAGAAGCACCGAUUUAUCAACAAAUGAAAUUAUUGAAGAAGCUCAGUCAGUGCACGAAGAAAUUUUGUCGAUAGCACCAAUUUCGUCUGCAAAUUCUCUUUCUCAUCAUUUAGAAUCAAGUGGAGAAAUAGAAACGACCAUGUCCACUUCUCUUUCAGCUGACGAAUUAUCAGUGGAUAAUUAUUUUAAAAAUGCUUUUUAUGUCUUUCGAGCCUUAUGUAAACUAUCUGAUCGAGAUAUUAAAGAUAAAACAAAUACAGAUCCAAGAACAAAUCUCGAUUUAAAAUCUCGUAUAUUUUCAUUACGUUUAAUUAUGCAAAUAUUACAAACAUCUGGACCAACAUUUCGUACGUCCGAAGAUUUUUUAAAUGUAAUUAAAACAUAUUUGUGUGUAUCAUUAUCAAGAAAUGGUGUAUCAGCUAUUCCAGAAUUAUUUGAAAUGGCUUUGUAUAAUUUUGUAGAAUUACUUGAUAAAUUUAAACAACAUUUAAAAGUUCAGAUUGAAACAGCACUUGAUUGUAUAGGUGAACGCUUACAUCCGGUCUUAUGA